AUGAAUAUAAGAAAUGAGCCAUUUGUUCAUGCUCAAAUUAAAGCUUUGUUAAAUAAUAUUGAAUCUAAAUAAACAAAAGGACAAAUAGUUAGUGAAAAAUUAGAGUUUAAAGAAAUUGAUUUUAUGAAUGAAACAAUUCCAGGUGUUUGGAGAUAUUAAUUAGAAUCUAAAGAAGAAAGUUAUUCAAUAGGAAUAUUUUUUAAUUUAUUAAAAGAAACUUAUGAUGAUUUGAUUACUAGUUUAUUAAAUUAUUGUAAUUUAUCAACAGAUCCAGCUGCAUUAAAGUAGGUUACAAAUAAUUCAAAAUAAGUUUAAAGUUUAAGACAAUAAAUUGAAAUAUUAGUAGAAGAAAAUGAAAAAUUAAAUAAAUAAUUAAAUGAAUUGAAAGUUACUAAAAGAUCUAAUGAAUUUGUUGAAAUUAAAAGGUUAUAAUAAGUAAUUGAAGAAUUAGAAGUUAAUUUAUCUAGAAAAACUAGAGAAAUUGAUGAAUUAAUGGCUAACUCAAAAGGAAGUCUCAGUUUAAUAUAAAAUCUAAGAGAAAAACUAAAAGAUGUUGAAGAAGAAAACCAUAGAUAUAACAAUAUAUUCUUUCCUAAAUAAAAGGAUAUUGAGUAAUAGACAGCCAAAUUAUUAGAUGAGUUUUUGUAAAUUAAAAAAGAUAUAGAUACAUACAGUUCCUUAUUUAAAAUGGAAAGUUAAAUUAGAGAAAAAGCUUUGAAAAGUAAAGAAUAAUCAGAAGAUUAAGUCUAAAAAUUAGUUGAUAUGUUAGGAAGAUCUAAAUAAAAAGUAUUAUAAUAUUAAAUAAAUAAAAGAAUAAAGAACUAUAAGAAGUGAUAAAGUAAAAGGAAUCUAUUAUUAACAAAGUUUUAGAAGCUAAAAGAUAGAAUAUGGAUGAAAUUCAAGUUUUGAAUAAAGAAAUUACUAUCCACAAAGACUAAGUUCUAUAUGAAGUAACUUUAUUAUGAUCUUAGUAAAAUAGAGUCAAAGAGGUACAAGUACAAUUUGAUAUAUUGGAGAAGAAGUAUUAAGAUAUGUUCGAAAUCAACACACAUUUUAAUAAAAGAAUAUAUGAACUCGAAAGAUAGAAAAAAGAGUUAUUAGAUAUCUUAAAGAAACACGAUAUUGAACCAGAUCCAACUAAAUUAAAUUUUAUUAAUGAACCAUUAUAAUCAUGA